UUAACCUGUGAAUAUGCGGAGGUCUUGUUUACUUCCGGUUGUAGAUUUCGGUCUGGUUUCCGCCCCAUAGAGGGCAGCAGCGACACUCCAUCUGGUAUCACGACUGACCCGCGCAACUCGCGUGAGACCAGGAAAUUAGUAAGGGAAACACACAUCCGACACAAUGAGUUUCGACGUGAAGAAACUGAAAGUCAACGAACUGAAAGAGGAGCUCCAGCGCCGCGGCCUGGACACCAAAGGCCUGAAGGCUGACCUGGUGGAGCGGCUCAAAGCCGCUCUUGAGGCCUCCGAGCCUGGGGACCAGGAAGAGAACUUCGGCCAGGAGUACCAGGACAACGAAGAUGGAGAAGAUACACCAGAGCAUCAAGAUGAAGAGUUAGAUGAGGACUGUGGUGAUGUCGACGAAGUUGGGGAUGAUGAUGAUGUUGAAGAUGAAGUCGAAAGUGAAGGGGAUGGCGAUGUUAAAGGAGCCGCUGAAGGAAAUGAUGAUGGGGAUGCUGAAGGCGAAGCCCAUGCCCCCCAAGAGGAAGAUGAGGCCCGGGAUUCAGGUGGUUACUAUGAAGAUGAAGAGGCAGAAGGCGAGCCUUUUGAAAGCCAGCCGACCUCAGACUCCUGUCACAGCAUGCCUGACUUCACGGCAGAUGUCGAGAUACACAAAUCUGACGCGGCGCCUGAGGAAGAAGCCAAGCCUGUGCCAGAGCCAGAGGAGAAAGUGGAGAACAAACCAGAAGUCAAAGUGGAAGUGAAGAUGGAAGAUGAACCCGAGGCUGCUGGGAACACAGAGCAGGACAGACAGGCUGCUGGGAACACAGAGCAGGACAGACACGCUGCUGGGAACACAGAGCAGGACAGUCAGAGCACAGAACAUCAGGACGGAGCCGGUCAGGAGGAGCAAAUCAAAGUGGAAUCUGAUAAAGGUGGAAGCAACAGCCGCAAGAGACCGCACGACGAGAGCCGGAGCUACAACUACUACGAGCAUCGCGAAGAAAAGAGAUCCCGCACACCCCAGCCCCCUGCUGAAGACGAAGAGGAGAAUAUAGACGACACUCUGGUUACAAUUGAUACGUACAACUGUGACCUGCAUUUCAAAGUGUCCCGGGACCGCUACAGUGGUUACCCUCUGACCAUUGAAGGCUUUGCUUACCUGUGGGCCGGAGCACGAGCCUCACACGGAGUCACCAAGGGCCGCGUGUGUUAUGAGAUGAAGAUCAAUGAAGAGAUUCCUGUAAAGCACCUGCCCAGCAGCGAGCCGGACCCUCACGUGGUCAGAAUCGGAUGGUCCCUCAACCACUGUAGCACUCAGCUCGGUGAGGAGCUCUUUUCAUUCGGAUACGGAGGGACAGGAAAGAAAUCUGCCGACUGUAAGUUUGCAGACUUUGGCGAGAAGUUCGGGGAAAACGACGUCAUCGGCUGUUACAUUGACUUUGACAGUGCUGAUGAGGUGGAGAUGAGCUUUUCCAAGAACGGAGUCUCCCUGGGAGUGGCUUUCCAGACUACCAAGGAGGCGCUGGAAGGUCGCGCCCUGUUUCCUCACGUUCUCGUGAAGAACUGUGCUGUGGAGUUCAACUUCGGACAGAAGGCUGAGCCGUACUUCCCUCCGCCAAGCGGAUACACCUACAUCCACGAUCUCAGCCUGGAGGACAAGAUCAGGGGCACCAAGGGGCCCGCCAGCAAGUCUGAGUGCGAGAUUUUGAUGAUGGUCGGCCUGCCUGCCUGCGGAAAGACCACCUGGGCUACAAAGUAUGCAGAGACUAACCCUGAGAAGAAGUACAACAUCCUGGGGACGAAUGCCAUCAUGGACAAGAUGAAGGUGAUGGGUCUGCGCCGGCAGAAGAACUACUCGGGCCGCUGGGACCUUCUGAUCCAGCAGGCCACGCAGUGUCUGAACCGCCUGAUCGAGAUCGCCGCCCGAAAGAGACGCAACUACAUCCUGGACCAGACAAAUGUAUAUGGAUCAGCAAGGAGACGAAAAAUGCGUCCUUUUGAAGGUUUUCAACGCAAGGCUAUUGUAAUUUGUCCCACGGACGAGGAUUUAAAAGAACGAACAUUAAAGCAAACCAAUGAGCAGGGGAAGGAUGUGCCCGAUCAUGCUGUUUUAGAAAUGAAAGCCAACUUUACUAUCCCUGAGGCUUGCGACUUCCUGGAGGAGGUGACGUUCGCUGAGCUGCAGCGCGACGAGGCCGAAACUCUGCUGAAACAGUACAACGAGGAGGGCCGCAAGGCAGGCCCGCCCCCUGACAAACGCUUCGACAACAGGCAGGGCGGGUUCCGGGGCCGUGGCGGCACCAGCAGCGGGAGCUUCCAGCGGUACGACAACCGCGAAGGGGCCCGCGGCGGCUACCAAAACCGCAGCGGGGACGGAGGCAGUGGAUACAGAGGCUACAAUCGUGGCAGCUAUAACCAGAACCGUUGGGGCAACAGCUACCGCGACUCCAGCUCUGAUGCACGCAGCAGCUACAACCGCAGCCAGCCGUCCACAGGAAGCUACAACCGCCCCGCUCCGUACAACAAGGGAGCAUACAGCCAGGGCUACAGCCAGAACUACAAUCAAGGGUACAAUCAGGGCAGCUACAACCAGAGUUACUAUGGCAACUAUAGUCAGUACCCAGGUUACAGCCAGAGCUACAGCCAGACACCCGCCACUGCACAGACAUACAAUCACCACCAGCAGCCGCCUCAGGCAGCACAGCCGCAGCAGCAGCAGCCGCCCCCGGCACAGCAGCAGCAGCAGCCACAGCAGCAGCAACAGACGCAGAGCUACAACCAGCAAUACCAGCAGUACGCUCAGCAGUGGCAGCAGUACUACCAGAACCAGAACCAGUGGAACCAGUAUUACAGCCAGUAUGGAGGCUACCCUGGACAGGGCAGCCAGGGCUCCUCUUCCGGCUCCCAGUAGCGCCACCCCGCAUCUGUCCCUGCAUCCACCCGCGUCCUAAACACUCUGACCUCUGCAGCUAAAUGGAUUUUGUACAGUCCCACAUCGAGUCCCAAACCAUCUGUCUUCAUUCCACACCAAUCAGUGUACACCUAAAACUGUAUGCAGUUUGAUGUCUUUUUUUACUGAAUGAAGUCUUACUCUACGCAGUGACGUGAGGUGGUAGAUGAUAGGUAUCCAAACAUUUAAUGAACAUUAUCUAUUAUGCAUUUAAUGUGGACUUCCACAUUUUCCAACAGAUCAGAGAGGUAAUUGUAUAUUUCUAGGAUGCAUCGUGUGGCAGGAAAAAUACAGCAAGGCCUAAAUAAUUUCGCUUGUUUUGAGAAAACUUAACAAAGAACAAAAACGCAUGCUUUUUACCUUCAACACCCCUCCCCCCCUUGCUCUUUCUUUCUUCAGUUUUCGAGCUGGCACGUUUUUAUUUAUCCCAAUAAAAUCCAACCAUUUUUUAUAGGUGUUGAUUCUGUAGUAUUUAAUCCAGUCUUUGAUUGGGAAGAAUAUUUUGCCACUCUUGAGUAGUUGUGCGUUUUCUUUUUUACCCCUUUGUGAUUGCUGUCCAGUAGUUUAAAUCCAAUUGUGAUUUUUUUCUACCUGAAAUGAUAUCUGACCAGUUACCUGAGCUGUCUUCUUGUCUUUAUACAAUAAAAUGCCAUUGUAUAUGCC